CACGAAGUCAACUACAGCAUGUUUAAUCUGUACUGAUCGUCUUACACAAUGCUUUUAAUUACCAAAACAAAGGGGAGUAGACUGCUUCGGACUAUUUGUUUUUAUCUGUCGGCAUUUAAGGGCCUUUUUUAACAUGGUCAAGAUAAGAAUGUAUCUCAAAACUAGCUAAUGGGAACGGUUUUCAGGAUCUACAUUCGGAGGCUCGUUGAGCGACCAUGUUGCCUGUGUAGGUCGUGCAAAACUCUUAUGACGGAACAUCAAUAAUCUCGAUCUUGCUAGGAUAUCAAGGAUCAGUAUUUAGGAAUUAGAGGAAUUUCGUCUGUUGUAUACGCUUGAAACAGGAUCCCAUUAGAUCAGUUUUUUCGAAGAUACCGACGUCCAGGAUCACGAUGGCGACGGACAUCAGUCAGGAGCUCGUUCCGCUCGACAUCGGAGUCCUUGUCAUGUACUUCGUCUUCGUGUUGGCUGUUGGACUUGGUUCAAUGCUUAGGUCUAAUCGAGGGAGUGCGGAAGGAUAUUUCUUAGCUGGUGGUGCUAUGAUAUGGCUGCCCGUUGGAGCGUCACUUUUUGCCAGCAACAUCGGAAGUGAGCAUUUCAUUGGCUUAGCUGGGUCUGGUGCCGCGUCGGGCAUAGCUGUCGGAGCCUUUGAACUCAAUGCCCUUAUCAUUCUUCAAGUGCUAGGAUGGGUUUUUCUACCAGUCUAUCUCGCGAGUGGGAUCUUUACCCUACCCGAGUUCAUGGAGAAACGUUUUGGCGGGAUACGAAUCCGAAUGAUCAUAGCUACCAUCUCACUCAUUCUCUAUAUCUUCACCAAGAUAUCUGUUGAUCUAUACUCCGGUGCUUUGUUCAUCGAACAGUCCCUAGGUUGGAACCUAUACCUUUCAAUCGUAGUGCUUCUUUGUAUUACGGCUCUCUACACCGUAACCGGUGGACUGGCAGCAGUUAUUUAUACGGACACAUUGCAAGCUAUUAUCAUGCUUGGAGGCGCCCUCUGGCUUUGCAUCGAAAGUUUUAAAGAGAUUGGUGGCUACUCAAACCUGGAGAGUAAGUACGGUGAAGCAGUACCGAAUGAAACCAAGUACGGGAACAAUUCGUGUGGCGAACCCCGAGAUGAUUACUUUCAUUUGUUCCGCGACCCUAUAGAUUCAGACUUACCUUGGCCUGGCUUCAUCUUCGGCCAGACCACCGCUUCACUCUGGUACUGGACAACGGACCAGGUGAUAGUACAACGAACCCUGGCUGCCAAAAACCUUUCACAUGGAAAAGGAGCCACUCUAUUUGCUGGGCUUUGUAAAAUCACUCCUUUGUUCUUCAUCGUAAUGCCAGGGAUGAUCUCGAGAAUACUUUAUCCAGAUAUUGUCGCCUGUGUGGAUAACUGUGAGGAGAUUUGUGGAAACAAAGAAAGUUGCUCUAACCUCGCUUAUCCUCUUAUGGUGAUGAAUAUACUGCCUGAUGGUGUCCGUGGUUUAAUGUUAGCUGUAAUGUUGAGCGCCCUCAUGAGUUCGUUGACGUCUAUCUUUAACAGUGGGUCAUCCAUCUUUACCAUGGACAUAUGGCGGCAUCUCAGGAAGUUCCCGGAUGAGAAUGAGAUGAUAAAGUUGGACAAAAAGAAGAGACACAAAUACGAGCUGGAACUCAUGAUCGUUGGAAGAGUGUUUGUCUUGAUACUGGUAGUUGUCAGUGUUCUUUGGGUGCCUGUCGUUCAAAAUAGCCAGAAUGGAAGAUUAUUUGAUUACAUCCAACAAGUAUCUGCGUACCUAGCUCCAUCCAUCGCAGCCGUGUACACAGUUGGUAUCCUUUGGGAACGGGUGAAUGAGACUGGUGCAUUCUGGGGUCUCAUGAGCGCGCUGGUUAUCGGACUAAUUCGGAUGGUACUCGAUUUCGUCUACCCGGAACCGGGAUGCGGGGAACCGGAUGAGAGACCGGAAGCGGCUGCAGCGAUCCUCUUUCAUUACAUGUAUUUUGCACUCUUCCUCUUUUGCUGGACUGCAUUAUCGGUCGUGAUUAUUAGCUUAUUAUCAGAACCUAUUCCAAAAGAUUACCUGUAUCGCCUGACAUUCUGGACAAGAUUCAGUCGCGAAGAGAGGAAGGACAUCGCUGAUUUGAAGAAAAACAAGACACUGGAAGGAAAAACUAACCCGAAUCUAGAUACAUACAUCAUGAGCGAAGAGAAACAAACCAAAGAAGAUCUGUCACAUGACGACUUUGAAGAAACUACAUUGUCUGUGGAAGAAAAAUCCCCAACAGAUCACCACAUUACGAGAGAAGGUGACGAAGUUACAGAAAAGGAGUCAUCUUGGAAACGCUUCUACCAGUGGUUCUGCGGAUUCUCCUCGAACGACGAGCCAAUUUCUGAUGAGGAUAUUAAAAUGAGAGAACAAGAACAGAUGGAAAAGGUUGUACAAACUAGGCGUGACGUCGUCAUUCUUGAUAUCGUAGCAGUAAUUGUUAUCGGUAUCGAUAUAUUUCUUUUCGCUUGGUAUGCUUGACGUUCAUGAACAAAUAGGCUCGUAUUAUGAAGUUCAGUUUAACUUAGGUCAUUGUUAACCCUCUGAUGAAAUUAUGGAAAGUUAACAACUGUCUUUUCUUUUCAUUUGUAUGUUUCUUAUGAUCACUGUUUCUGUUUUCUCUUUCUUUGAAAUCCAUAUUUUGAAGAUGGAGAAAACUAUUUAAGAUGUCGACCCUAAGAAUGAUUUGAUUGUCAUUGAUAAGUUGAACCAGCUAGGCUAGAAAUCUGUGUAACAACUGGCUUGCCAUAGUUAAACCACAACUUUAUCCCAGAGUGUACAUGGUGUAUAUAAGCAAAUUCAGAGUUCAGGAUAUGGGCCGUAGUCUACACAUGUGGCAAUUCUACGAAACUUCAGUUUUUCAUGUAUAUAGAAGAAAAUACUUUUUUCAAACAGUUUAUAACCUUAUACCUCAUAUUUUAUCUUUUAUAUUGAUUUCAUUCCCCUUACGUAUUGUAAAACCAUAAUUUCGUUUUACAAUGGAGAAAUAUGAAUAUAAGCUUGGUAAAAGUUGUGUAAAUAAGUUAUGCAAAUCAUUCCCAAAACAUCGCCAACGUUGCUAAGACAAACGAAACAAUGCAAUUUUUAACAAAAAAGGUUAAUCAAUUAUGGCAUGUAUUGAUUAUUUUUGUAAACUUUUGUUUGAAAUGUUUCUAACUGCUAAUAAAUAUUUUAAUUUGUUGUUUUCCAAAAGGUGCAUGUGCACUACAAUGUUCAAAUAAAUUUCUCAUUUUUGCGUCCACAACGAUUUUUCGUGCAAGUCUUUUCAUGACACCGUGUGAUACAAGUAUAUAUGUUUUUAUCAUGUCUUUGAAUACAUUUUUAUAUGAACAUAACGAUUGAAUAAAUUGAUACUUGAUUGCCGUA